AGGGCCAGAAAAAGGGAAUUCAUUUGAAGCUGCAAAUGCAUUCUUCUUCCUGCCCCCCCCCCCUUCUCCUAGCUGGCUGGGAAGAAGAGACAGCCUUUUGCAUGCAUUUUUUUUAAAAAAAUUAUAAUAUAUUGAUUGCAUUUUGGAGUACAGAUUGCCACAGCUGCAGCAUAACUGGAGAAGUGAGUUAAGAAGAGAGGGUUUUUUUGGGGGGGGGGGAGGGGAUCUCCAAUGGAAUAGAGGGAGCCAAUUGGGGAACAGGAAGCAGCAGGAAAUUUGGGGGAGAGGUAGUGGGCUUCCCCACCUUCCCAUUUUGCAGAAAUGCAAAUAGACUAGAGAAACCAUCCCUCUUUAGUCCGCCUCUGCAGCUGAUCCACGACCGCAGCCGCCGCCUUGUCCAGACUAGGAGCAGUGGAAGGAAAUAUUUGUUUUUUAGAAAAGCAUAAGGGCCAUUGAAUAGGUGGCGGAGUGGGUGGUGGUGGAGAGAAGCCAAGAGUCCUUUUAGGGUCUCUGUGCGUGUAGCUCAUCGGUUGGAGAGCAGAAGACAAUAGGGACGUUUCCUUUAAACAAGCCAAUCCAUUGUCCUGCCUGUAACUUGGCUAGUUUGCAAACGCACCACGCCUUUGAAUCACAGGACUUCCUCCAAAGAAUCAUGGGAACAGUAAUUUUAGAUGCUGGGAAUUGUAGGCGUGUAAGGGUAUACUAUGGUUCCCGGGAAUCUUUGGCAUGAGGGAGCUGCAUGCUUUAAAUGUAUGGUGUUUAAAGCCUCAGGGAUGGGGAAGUAGUAGUUUGCUGGGUGUUUCUGGACUCUCAACUCCCAUCAUCAUCUCUGACCUUUAGUUUGCCUUUCUGAUUUGUCCGCAAGAACAUGUGAAGCACACUUUUGUGGCAACUAAACCUUUGGGUUUGCACCCCUGACCGUCCAUGAAGUUCUCUGGGUAUUCUGAGGCCAUCCAUUUUCUCGCCCCCUCUCUUUCUCACCUUACCCCAUCUUGCAACAUGGUUGUGAAAAUAAAACCAAGGGAGCUCCAAGCACUUCAAAAGGCAGCUAUUCAACAAAGAAAAAAAUCCCUGCACUUAGAAAGCUAAUAUGUCAGCGAGAAACCAAGGCUAGAACGCUUAUCCCUGAUGCACUAGCUUUCUGUGUGCAGGGAUGUGCUUAUUUGUUCUUGUACGAGUGAGCAUUCCCUGAUGUGAGGCCUCGCCCACAGUCUCAAGCGGCACACUCCAGACACAGGACCAUACUAAAUUCUGUGGGGAUAAGUAGAUCAGUACAUCUUUAUGAUUAGCUCAAUGCUGCUUUGAAGGAGAGAUGUAGUAGAGGUGGGCUGCAAUCAGCUUGAGGGCUGCAUUCCUUUCCGUGCUACCUUAUGAGUGUCAAAUUUUACCUUUAUACAGUACACUAAUUUCUAAGUAAACUCACAUUCCCAUCUCCAGCCUCAUUGAGGCCUGGGGUUCCUCUCCCCUGCUAUUAUAGGUACACUACAACGGUCCUCUAUAAUUGUUCGGGGAUACUGUUUUUCUCAACAUUGCACUGCCCCACUUCAUUUUAAUACUGGAUUUCUCUUCCAGAGCUGCUGCCAAGAUUUCAACAUGGAGGGACAAGACCUUGCAGGACCCAAGCAAGCUGGGAGGAGAUUGGAGGAGGUAGGAAGAGCCCGUGAUGUCCACGGGGAGAGCACCACCAAGUCUGUGGCUCAGGCACCACCGCAAGGCGUUAAGCAGGAACUAGAAGAGGGGUUGCUUCAGCAAGGCUGGGGAACCCAGUGGUCAGAGUUCCUGGGCGCGCCACAGCCCUCUCGUUCAACAUGGACAAACUUACGCCCCUGGUCAGGGCCUGGCGCCAAAGAAAUCCCAGCCUCCAGAGCAGCUGAGGCUUGCCGCUGGCCUAGCCGGGAAUACACAACCCAAACCGCGGCAGGUCCUGGUGAUGAAACCCGCGAGGCCUACGAAAGCCUGGACUUCGCUGUGAAAGUGAAGGAAGAGGUCCUGGACGGGGAGGCCCUCAGCUCCGAGACACUGCACCAGCGGUUCAGGCAGUUCUGCUACCAGGAGGCCGAGGGGCCGCGAGAGGCCUUCAGCCAGCUCUGGGAGCUUUGCCGCCAGUGGCUGAGGCCCGAGAGACACACCAAGGAGCAGAUCCUGGAGCUGGUGAUCCUGGAGCAGUUCCUGACCAUCCUGCCUCGGGCGAUGCAGAACUGGGUCCGGGAGAGCGGCCCAGAGACCUGUUCUGAAGCGGUGGCCCUGGCAGAGGACUUCUUGAGGCAGCCAGAGGCGGAGGGAUGCCCACCAAGCACUCCUGCUAAAAGAGCCAGGGAGAGGGAGAGCUGCAGGCUGCCUUGGAAUGUCUGUGAUGGGCUGAUUUCCCCCCCGGGGGCGGGGUUCAAAUUGUGAUCUAGAAGGGCUCAGGUCAACCCGCAGCCCAGAGGCCACCAAACUUUUGUUGGGGCCAGUGGGCAUAUUUGGAAAUUCAAGAAAGUGUUGUGGGCACCAGUCACAAAAUGGCUGCUGCUGGCUGCAUAGCAUAACAAAAUGACUUCCAUUUGGGGUUAUAGUGUAAUACAGAAUGGCUCCCACAUCUAAAAGAGCAGAAAAAGAGAUGCCCCCCCCCAAAUGUGGGCAUGCCCACCCUUAAACCACUUGCAUCGGUGGAUAACCAGCCAGAAGCUCUUUGCACCUCUCCUCUGUUCAGAAUGAAAGGGAGAGGAUGUCCACUUUUUGCGUCCAGUGAAAUACGGACAUGUGUAAGGGGCUGUAUUUGGUAUUGUGAGAGGCCAAGGCAGUACAAACCCUGUCUCUCUGUGAUAGACUGGGGCUUGGGGUGCAGUUGCUGUUUUCUGGAUCCAGCACUGCUUGGGUACUGAUGGGUAGAGAAAACUCACUUCACUGGGAUCUCUGGUCCUCCCCCCUCCCCGGUCAAAUUCUCUUUGCGUCUUAAAACUGUUCUCACAUUUCCAUUCCAGAUGUCAGAGCCUCUGGAAGACAUGGCUGAUAGCACCACAGUGCCGGCACAGGAUACGUUGGACCUGGGGAAGCUGCAUUUUGCCUCAGAUGCCAAGCAAAGGAGCGAUCGGGAGGCCAUCUUGCUGGGUAAGUGCUUGAGCCUGAAGCAGAUGCUGUUAGAAUAAUAGAAUCUUCAGGUUUGAAGAGACCCCAAGGGUCUUCUAUUCCAACCCCCUGCAAUGCAGGAAUCUCAGCUAAAGCACCCAUGAUAGAUGGCCAUCCAGCCUCUGUUUAGAAACCUCCAAGGAAACAGAGUCCGCCACAUCCCGAGGGAGACCGUUCCACUGCUGUUUUCCCGAACAUUUAGUCGGAAUCUCAUUUCUUGCAACUUGAGGCCAUUGGUUCAAGAGCAGGAGAAAACAAGCAUCUUCCAUGUGACAGCCCUUAAGAUAUUUGAAGAUGGCUAUCAUAUCUCCUCUCAGUCUCCUCUUUUCCAGUCUAAACAUACCCAGCUUCUUCAAGCGCUCCUCAUCAGGCUUAGCUUCCAGACCCUUGAACAUCUUCACCAUAGCUGUCAACAUUUCCCUUUUUUAAAGGGAAAUUCCCUUAUUCUGAAUAGGAUUCCUCGCAAGAAAAGGGAAAAGUUGACAGCUGUGAUCUUCAUUGCCUUCCUCUGCACACAUUCCAGCUUGUCAACAACCUUCUUCAAUUGUUGUCGGAAAGACGUCUUGUGCACUAAGGGCAAAGCCCUUCUCGCAGGCGUGGAUCCUGUUGUAGUCAAAAUGGCAUAACUCAGACUCAGGGCAGGUGGAUUGGCUGGCAGGUACACCAAGGUUUGCAAAGUUUGCGGUGGGGGGGAGGGGAGAGAGAAAAGGACUCGAAACAAGGCGAAAGGAGAAACAACUCGGUGAGGACUGAGCAUGCUCAGUGAGUAUGUAAGGAAGGCUGGCAGACUGUGGGCAGGGUGAGACAAAGAAAAAACAUGGAGAGGGAGAAUGGAAUGGAAUAGGAGUCCACACACUGGACAAUGGUCCAUCUAGAGAGCCAGUGUGGUGUAGUGGUUAAGAGCGAUAGACUCGUAAUCUGGUGAACCGGGUUUGCGUCUCCGCUCCUCUACAUGCAGCUGCUGGGUGACCUUGGGCUAGUCACACUUCUCUGAAGUGUCUCAGCCCCACUCACCUCACAGAGUGUUUGUUGUGGGGGAGGAAGGGAAAGGAGAAUGUUAGCCGCUUUGAGACUCCUUCAGGUAGUGAUAAAGCGGGAUAUGAAAUCCAAACUCUUCUUCUAGUUCAGUGGCUAUGGGAAUGCUGAUUUGUUUACCUACCCUUCACCAUAAGGUUGCAGAGCGGGUCACAACAAUGGAAAAUGAAACAUAAAAAGCAAUUUAAAACAAAUUAUUGCCACAAGAUAGGGGCAGACCGAGAAGUCUGGAAUCCCGAACAAGGAGCGCUUUUAUUUAUUUAUUUUUCUACAGUGCAGUCCUGUGCAGGUCUACUCAAAGGUAAGCACCACCAAGCUCAAUGGGGCUUACUCCCACAUACAACCUUGGUGUGUGUUUUUACUCAGUCGUAUCAACAGCAUUUCCUACAGCAAGCUUACAUAAAAGUAAAACAUUACAAACUGUAAUGAUCAAGAAGAGGUUUUAAAAAAUAGAACACCAAUUUUAAAGCUAAGGAUUAAAGCAGCUCCAGUCAGCAGCAAGAGGAAAAGCAGUGGCAAACGACGCUGACCUACCUUACAGGGCGGUUGUAAAAAUAACAACAAAAUAUACGAAAAUUUUUGAACAUUCUAAAUUAAGUACUAUUAUUUUACUGACAUUGCGUACCAAGACACAGCAGGAUUGUGUACAUCGUUCUCCCUCUCCCUCUCCCCCACUUAAAAAACAAUCAGAACUACCUUAUUAGGUAGAUCAGACUCAAAAUAAAUGACUGGCUCAAAGUCUCCCCUUGAGCUUCAUGAUGGUUUGAACUUAGAUCUCCCCAGUCCAGGUCUGACACCCUUAAGAACUAUACCAUUAUUGGCUUUCUGAUGCAGCCUUCCUCAACCAGGUGCCCUCCAUAUAUUUUGUACUAUGACUCCCAUCAGCCCCCACCCAGCACAGUUGCUGAUGGGAGUUGUAGUCCUAAAACAUCUGGAGCAUCGCUGGUUGUUGCAGGCUGUUUCAUUAUGAUGCACUGUGACUAAUGAGACUCGCUUUGUUCUGCCAGGUGAGAACCAAAUGGAGACAAAAGAGGGAGAUCCACAACCUGUGGAACUCAAUGAGACAACGUUGGGAAGAGCCAAAGGGGAUUUCCCCCCGUUUCAUGUUGAGGGAGAGGCAGCGCCUGAGUGUCAGCCAGAACCAAGAAGUCUCCAGGGAAACCAUGCCGGGAAGGAAGCAGAGAAGGCCUUGCUUUGUGAAGGAGGUAAUGGAAGCUCGCACGAAAGUACAGCUAACAAAGGGAUGCUCAGGAGCAAAAAGAAGUGCACCGAGUGUGGAAAUCUCUGCGAGGUCUUUGACCUCCCCACGAACCAGAAAUCACAAACGGAGGAAGAGUUUUACAUCUGCCCCCGGUGUGGGAAGACCUUCAAGAAUGGUGUAUCCCUUGCUCCACACCAGGGGACCUCCGUAGCCGUAGCAAAACCCUACCCAUGCUCAGAGUGCGGCAAGAGCUUCGGCACCAAGGCUGCCCUCCUGAAGCACAAGGGAACACACACGGGAGAGAAGCCUUACGUGUGCUCCGAGUGCGGGAAGUGCUUCACCACCAGCUCCAACCUGAUCUACCACAACAUCGUCCACACGGGGGAGAAGCCGCACAAGUGCUCCGAGUGCGGGAAGAGCUUCCACUGGAAGUCGUCCCUCAUCACGCACGAGAGGACCCACACGGGCGAGAAGCCGUACGAGUGCCCCGAGUGCGGGAAGAGCUUCGGCAACAGUUCCCAGCUCCUGCGGCACAAGAGGGUGCACACGGGCGAGAAGCCGUACCACUGCUCGGAGUGCGGCCGGAGCUUCAACCAGAUCGCCUCGCUCAUCGCGCACAAGAGGAUCCACACGGGAGAGAAACCCUACGAGUGCUCGGAGUGCGGGAAAGGUUUUGGCACCCGGACGAACCUGAUGAUGCACAAGAGGGUGCACACAGGGGAGCGGCCGUACAAGUGCUCCUACUGCGGGCAGAGCUUCAGCCAGAGGACGCACCUCAUCAUCCACGAGAGGACCCACACGGGCGAGAAGCCCUACACGUGCUCCGACUGCGGGAAGAGCUUCAACGCGAAAGCGCCCCUCAUCACGCACAAGAGGACCCACACGGGCGAGAACCUCUACCAGUGCUUCCAGUGCGGGAAGAGCUUCAGCACCAGCUCCAACCUCCUGAACCACAACAUUAUCCACACAGGGGAGAAGCCGCACAAGUGCUCGGACUGCGGCAAGUGCUUCAACCGGAAGUCGUCCCUCAUUACGCACCAGAGGACCCACACCGGGGAGAAGCCCUAUGCAUGCUUUGAGUGCGGGAAGUGCUUCAUUUCAAGCUCGGACCUCACGAAGCAUAAAAAAGUCCACAGGGGGAAGCGCUCGGCCAUCGCGGAAAGUGUCGUGUAUAGCCCGGCGCUUGCCGAACCCGGUAGCGUUCAACCGGGAGGGCAGCCUUGCUAGGCCCGAACAAAGGGGAGAUGCUGUCAGGCCUGUGUCCUUUUCAAUACCAGUCUGCCUCAGUCACGUAUAACAGUGAGAGCCAAAGGUUCUGGUUUUAAUGUGCUAAAAUAAUAAAAUAAUAACGGAUUCGUGAGGCCGAGGGGAACCCCCGUGUGGAAGCUCUCAGCAGGUUCCCCAUCCCUGCACCAGAGGAAAAGAUGCAAGUUUCUGAAGAGGAUCACAGCUUCACUUGAUGUUUCCUUAUUUUCAUGACUCACUAGAAUAGAUAAUGUACAUUCUGGCCUAUUGGAAAUGUGACAUUUGGCACCUGAAAUAUGUGGUUGGUGUCUAAAAAUAAUAAUAAAAACAUGACAGGCCCCAAACCCUUGUGCAUCAUUUAGCGCCAAUAUUGUCGCAACUCUGUGGAUUUAUAUUAUCCAGAGGGUGGCAUGGGGAGAGCUGUUUCAGUGUGACAGAAAGGGACAUUUCAGAAUUUGUCAUGUUUUUAAUACAGUGGUACCUCAGGUUAAGCACUUAAUUCGUUCUGGUGGUCUGUACUUAACCUGAAACUGUUCUUAACCUGAAACACCACUUUAGCUAAUGGGGCCUCCUGCUGCUGUUGCGCCGUCGGAGCACGAUUUCUGUUCUCAACCUGAAGCAAAGUUCUUAACCUGAGAUAAUAUUUCUGGGUUAGCGGAGUCUAUAGCCUGAAGCGUAUGUAACCUGAAGCGUAUGUAACCCGAGGUACCACUGUAUAGCUAUUUUAUACAUAUAUUUCUGUUCUUUCUUUUUUACCUGUUCUAAGCUAGUAGGCUGGGAUUAGCUAGGAGGGCCAUGUCUGUGUAUUAGCUGUAGAUUUCUAAGUUAUAUUGUUUGUUUUCCUUUAUGGAAACUGAACAUUUCAGCUUGUCCACUUCCACACACUGUCUUUGAGUUCAUUGAGGUGCUGCUAUUUGUCAGUUAGUAUUAUGGGUGUGCCUCCUUUAUGGAUUUGUGCACACAAUGUAUUUAAGGUUGGUGUGCCUUUUUCUCUUUAAGGCACACUGUUAAUUCCCCAUUUCUUUUUCACUCCUUUGGUAGCUUCUACUUUAUUAUGUCCCCCGAAGUCUUGAUGACUCACCUGACCACAGCUUCAGUUUUGUGAUGUGCUUAUUAAAUUGUGAGAUGUUUGGUCAGUUCUGGAGUUUCCAGAUUCCUUAUUCAAACAAAUAUUCAUUGUGAGAAAUCUGUAAAUAAAUAAUAAGUUUGAAAA